CCCCCGCACAUGCGCAUUUCGACUGCUGGUGGCCGCUGUUUCCGGGCUCAGGGGGCUGGAGCGGCCGCCGAGUAGGAGGCGGCGGUGGCGGUGCCCGGGGAUCGUAGAGUGCUUGCUGGUCUGGGGCCAGGCCCUGCGGAGGACAGGGGAAGUUUUCUUUUCUGAAGUGGCUGGUAGAGCCGGUGGCUGAGCGGCAAGAUGAAUUUCCUUCGCGGGGUGAUGGGGGGUCAGAGUGCCGGACCCCAGCACACAGAAGCCGAGACGAUUCAAAAGCUUUGUGACAGAGUAGCUUCAUCUACUUUACUGGAUGAUCGAAGAAAUGCCGUGCGUGCUCUCAAAUCAUUAUCUAAGAAAUAUCGCUUGGAAGUGGGUAUUCAAGCUAUGGAACAUCUUAUUCAUGUUUUACAAACAGAUCGUUCGGAUUCUGAAAUAAUAGGUUAUGCUUUGGACACACUGUAUAAUAUAAUAUCUAAUGAUGAAGAAGAAGAAGUAGAUGAUGUUGAAGAAGAAAAUUCCACAAGACAGAGUGAAGAUUUGGGAAGCCAGUUUACAGAAAUUUUCAUUAAGCAGCAAGAAAAUGUCACCCUUCUUUUAUCUUUAUUGGAGGAGUUUGAUUUCCAUGUCCGCUGGCCUGGUGUGAAGCUUCUUACUUCUCUUUUAAAACAGCUAGGGCCUCAGGUGCAGCAAAUUAUUUUAGUCAGUCCCAUGGGUGUUUCAAGGUUGAUGGACUUAUUAGCAGAUUCCAGGGAAGUUAUACGUAAUGAUGGUGUUUUACUACUACAGGCACUAACAAGAAGCAAUGGAGCAAUCCAGAAAAUCGUUGCUUUCGAAAAUGCUUUUGAGAGACUACUGGACAUUAUUACAGAGGAGGGGAACAGUGAUGGAGGUAUAGUGGUGGAAGAUUGUCUGAUUUUGCUGCAAAACUUGUUAAAAAACAACAAUUCCAAUCAAAAUUUUUUUAAAGAAGGCUCAUAUAUUCAACGUAUGAAACCUUGGUUUGAAGUUGGAGAUGAAAAUUCUGGCUGGUCUGCACAGAAAGUAACUAAUCUUCACCUAAUGCUGCAGCUUGUUCGUGUCCUAGUAUCUCCCACCAAUCCCCCUGGUGCUACCAGUAGCUGCCAGAAAGCUAUGUUCCAAUGUGGCUUAUUACAGCAACUUUGCACUAUCCUAAUGGCUACUGGAGUUCCUGCUGACAUCCUGACUGAGACCAUUAAUACUGUAUCAGAAGUUAUUCGAGGCUGCCAAGUAAACCAAGACUAUUUUGCUUCUGUAAAUGCACCUUCAAACCCACCAAGACCGGCAAUUGUAGUACUUCUCAUGUCCAUGGUUAAUGAAAGGCAGCCAUUUGUAUUGCGCUGUGCUGUUCUCUAUUGUUUCCAGUGUUUCUUAUAUAAAAACCAAAAAGGACAAGGAGAAAUUGUAUCAACACUUCUACCUUCCACCAUUGAUGCAACAGGUAGUUCAGUCUCAGCUGGUCAGUUAUUAUGUGGAGGUUUGUUUUCUACUGAUUCACUUUCAAACUGGUGUGCUGCUGUGGCCCUCGCCCAUGCCUUGCAAGAAAACGCCACCCAGAAAGAACAGUUGCUCCGGGUUCAACUUGCCACCAGUAUCGGCAACCCUCCAGUUUCUUUACUGCAGCAGUGCACCAACAUCCUUUCACAGGGUGAUAAGAUCGACAGACGGGGAAGCAAAAUACAGACAAGAAUUGGAUUACUGAUGUUGCUUUGUACCUGGCUAAGCAACUGUCCCAUUGCAGUAACACAUUUUCUUCACAAUUCAGCCAAUGUUCCUUUUCUUACAGGACAAAUUGCAGAAAACCUUGGAGAAGAAGAGCAGUUGGUCCAAGGCUUAUGUGCCCUUCUGUUGGGCAUUUCGAUUUAUUUCAAUGAUAAUUCACUUGAGAACUACAUGAAAGAGAAACUAAAACAAUUAAUAGAGAAGAGGAUUGGCAAAGAGAAUUUCGUAGAGAAACUAGGAUUUAUUAGCAAACAUGAGUUGUAUUCCAGAGCAUCUCAGAAGCCCCAGCCCAACUUUCCCAGUCCAGAAUACAUGAUAUUUGAUCAUGAGUUUACGAAGCUGGUAAAAGAACUUGAAGGUGUAAUAACUAAGGCUAUUUAUAAGUCCAGUGAAGAAGAUAAAAAAGAAGAAGAGGUGAAAAAAACACUAGAGCAGCAUGACAGUAUUGUGACUCACUACAAAAAUGUGAUUCGAGAGCAAGAUCUGCAACUUGAUGACUUAAAGCAGCAGAUUUCUACGUUAAAAUGUCAAAACGAACAGCUCCAGACAGCAGUCACACAGCAAGCAUCUCAGAUUCAGCAACACAAGGAUCAGUAUAAUCUCCUUAAAGUACAGCUAGGAAAAGACAAUCAGCAUCAAGGCUCCUACAGUGAUGGGGCUCAAAUGAAUGGCAUUCAACCAGAAGAAAUUGGUAGGUUGCGAGAAGAGAUAGAAGAAUUAAAAAGUAAUCGGGAACUUUUACAAAGCCAACUGGCUGAAAAGGACUUUUUGAUUGAAAAUUUGAAAUCAUCCCAAACAUCCCCUGGCACAAAUGAAGCAACAGCUUCAGCUAGAGAUUCUGAACAAAUUGCAGAAUUAAAACAGGAAAUGGCAACAUUAAAGUCUCAGUUAAUCUCACAAUCUGUGGAGAUCACCAAACUACAGACAGAAAAGCAGGAGCUGUUACAGAAAACAGAAGCAUUUGCAAAAUCAGUUCCUGUACCAGGAGAGAGUGAAACUGCAAAAACUACUGAUGUAGAAGGAAGACUGGCGGCAUUAUUACAAGAGACUAUAGAAUUAAAGAAUGAAAUUAAAGCUCUGUCUGAAGAGAGAACUGCUAUUAAAGAGCAGCUGGACUCAUCCAACAGUACCAUCGCCACUUUGCAAAAUGAGAGAAACAAGCUCGAGGGGGACAUUACAGAUUCUAAGAAAGAGCAGGAUGAUCUCUUGGUCCUGUUGGCUGAUCAGGAUCAGAAAAUGCUUUCCUUAAAGAAUAAACUCAAGGAACUUGGUCAUCCAGUCGAAGAAGAGGAUGAACUUGAAUCCGGAGACCAAGAUGAUGAGGAUGAUGAAGAUGAAGAUGAUGGCAAGGACCAGGAUCAUAUCUAGCUUUAAAAUCUCCAGAAAAGAUGGAGAUUGUAUUGUAACUUUGAACAUGGAGUUUUAAGACAGUGCUUUGGUUUACCUCCACAGAAAAUAAAAUUUAGAAACCAAGUGAAAAA